GGCUCGCCUCACUUCCGCACGCUACUGUGACUCUACCGUCCCGCUUUCUCGUUCAUUUCUGUGCGGAAGACAACGGUGGACACCCCGAGACAUAUUCAGGAAUGAAUACAACUGGGUAAGCUUGGCCCGGUCAUCUAUGUACGCACCAACCUACUACCAAUCUCAGACUGACCCUCUCGUCAACGAAUAUGUCGGACAGCACGUCGACGGGCAUGUCGAAUGGCACGCCAUCGGGUACGAAGGGAUGCGCUUGCUCGGGCAGAUCAUGAUGGAGGCGGAGCUGCAAACAUGAUCAACGAGGUCGACGCGGCCUGGAACAGCACGAUCGACUUCCCCGAGUUCCUCACUAUGAUGGCACGCAAAGUGUGUGACGCGGAAAGCGAGGAGGAGACCAAGCAGGUUCCAAGGUCUUCGACAGGGACGGCAAUGGCUAGAUCUCCGCCAUGGAGCUCGCCCAACUACGGUGAGUGCGCUCGUCUGCGUGGGGAGGCGGUGCGCAGGCGAGAAGCUGUCGGACAACAAGGUCGACAAGAUAAUCCGCGAGGCGGAUGUAGACGGUGACGGUCGAAUCAAUUAUGAUGAGUUCUUGAAGGUACGCUCACUACCUCUUCAUCUGCAUUGUCACCAGGCCGCAAUGAACGCGAGCGGAUACCCGGUAGCUUUCGAGGCAAGAGCGGACGAACGAGAAAGACGGGCAUUGACCUAGAGAAUGUGUGCAUAGUGCCACUGCGGGGGCUAAUCCAUCCGUGCAGUGUUAAGAAGUAUACGACUGCUGCAUUGAUCAGAGCCUGCUCAUUUGUCGGGACCUGAAACAUGCGAAAUUGGUAUGGUUGCCGCUUUUUGUUCGUGUAAGGACUUGAUGUAGUAGUAGUAAUGAUUGGCAUCACAAAGAUCAGAU